AUGUUCAAGCGCCAUCAAGGCAGAAGUAGUGAGACGGACCUUCGACUUCGACGAAGUCUUGAUGUCACCAGAAAAACCGCGCACGCUCGCUCUAGCGAGCAGAUAAAUCGUCGUCCAUGCUCUCCAUUGGUGCCGGUUCCGGACGUUCCGUCUGGGUUGGUUUCAAAGUCUGGCCCUCGCUUCAGCAUGCUACGGUUUAGACAUGCUUCGGAUUCUGCUAUUGGCAGUAAGGCUCGAGCAGAAACACCCCCUCCAUUGCCGGCCACCAACGAAACGCUUGUGACGCCUGCCAUUAUUACUACCGCUCCUACUGUCGACUUUGGGGAUCCCGCUCCUCCAAAACGAUCGGGAACUAUACGUCUCUGGCGACAGAAACCCUCGGAGAAACAGCCAGCUUUUAGCGCUACCAUACCCGUUCCUUCGACCGAGAAGUCUCCCAGGCGCAGUUCAUUUUCUACGAGGAGGAAGAAGGAAGGGAGCAAUAGUGCCAGUUCCAGCAUGCGUCUCAGCAGAGUUGCUUUCGACGAACCAGAGCAACAGCCUACCAGCACGACUCCCGGUUCGAGCGCUUUUGACCUUCCACCAUACGGAGACCAGAAUUCCUCUCUUCCGAUUCCAGCCCCGCGGCUCUCGGACUCAUCCCGCUCCACAGCUAGCUCCGGUGAGCAUUACGUUACAACGACUACAACCCAAACUACUACCACUACUACUACUUUCUUCAGGCUUCCUAGGCGGAAGAAGAAGGAGACAUCACUCUUUCCGUUACCAAUUAGGGUGCCACCGUUGGAAGGGCGACCAUCGAUAUCCGAAUCCGAACUCACCCCUCAGGGUCGAAAGUCUAUCAGCUCUUCAUCCAAGAUUACACCUCACGGUUCCCCUUCGAAACCGCCUAGAUCGCGUGAUAGCGAGAGUACCGGCACGUCGGUGGUGUUGGCAGGAUUGGGCAUUACUGGGCCGACAGCUCCAAUUCUUCGCACCAAUUCGAUAGCUUCCACCCAUUCAGCUCACUCUAGUCCGACUUCUUUAACGCCUCGAGGAAUCAUGAGGGGCCGAAGCUCUACCAUGUCUUCCUUCAAUCACGACGGGGAUGGGCGUCAGGGCGGUCGAAGUAGCUUUAGCGGCUUGUUCGGUCGGAUUCGCAGGGACAGUGAGCCAAUAUUCGGCGGUGGAAUAUCCAGGGGUGUUUCACCUCAACCAUACACCGCAGGUCCACGUUCCCUGGCCGCCUCGCAGGAGGUGGUCGCCAUUCCUGUGAGAGAUGAUGACGACACACCACAGAUGUAUCUUUUGAAACUUUUUGAGGCGGUGAGCAAGAGUGUUGUGGCGUCAUUAUUGGCUCGGAAUGGAGAUGCUUUUCACCUUGCGGUUUUGAAGGUAUAUAUGGCGACCUUCGACUUUAGCUCUGUACCGAUGGACAUGGCGUUAAGGUAUGAUUGUUCAACAUUCGGAGCUUAUUCGCUAGGAAAUCCUCUUACCGUUCUUAGGAAAUUGCUUAUGGAGGUCGAACUCCCCUCGGAAACUCAACAGAUCGAUCGGGUUCUUCAGACAUUUGCAGAUAGGUACCACGAGUGCAACCCAUUUAUUUACCAAGACUCGGACCAGGCAUACUACGUCGCUUUUUCGUUGAUCAUGUUACAUACAGAUUUUUUCAACAAGAAUAAUAAGCAUAAAAUGCAAAAACCGGAUUAUGUCAAGAAUACAUCACAUGUCAUUGCAAAUGAGGGAUUGUCUAGCGAGAUACUUGAGGUGAGACGUUUGGAUCGGGUUUUCAAGUGUAGUGCUGAUUUUGUAGUGUUUUUACCACAAUAUUACCUACACACCUUUCAUUCGGAUGGAAGACGAGUUCGAUAUCAACGGAGAGAAGAUAGUAUCCCAGGGGCCAAAAAGGGGUAUUUUCAACAGAGCUCACGCAGGUGGAAAGCGACCCAAGGAGCCAAUUGACCCCUAUGCGGUUAUAAUUGACCAGAAGCUUGAUCUCUUGAGACCCAGUCUGAAGGAUGUGGUGCAAAUUGAGGAUCCAUAUAGCUAUUCUGGUACAGCCUCACGACUGGAUAUGGGGUCUUUGCAUCGGGCAUUCUUUCGGUCCGGCGUCUUGCAGAUCAUGUCUGCGCGUUCCAGGCCCGAUGCAUUCCUACUGCCUGCCACUGUGGAGAAUCCAGAGGGCGCGGAUCCUGGGGUGGUGGAACUCAAGGUAACAAAAGUCGGGAUCUUGUGGAGAAAGGAGAUGAAAAAGAAGAAGACCAGAAGCCCGUGGCACGAAUGGGGUGCUAUUCUCACUGGAUCGCAGCUCUACUUUUUCAGAAAUUUGAGUUGGAUUAAGAAUCUUAUGCAACAGUACGAAUCCCACCACAAGCACAACCCUGGAACCCCAGUUACUUUCAAACCACCAUUGGAGCAGUUCAAGGCCGAUGCGCAGAUAUCGACGGACGACGCGGUUGCUUUGUUGGAUAAGAGCUACAAAAAGCAUAAGAAUGCCUUCGCAUUCGUACGACAUGGAGGUAUGCAGGAAUAUUUCAUCGCGGAUUCGGAGUCGGAAAUGAACGAUUGGCUUGCCAAAUUGAAUUACGCGGCUACCUUUCGCUCGGCUGGUGUUCGGAUGCGGGGUGUUGUUGGAGGAAAUUAUGAAGGACAGAGGGCACGUGGUAUUCGAAGGAUGGAUAGCACUACUGGGUCUCCGGGCUCGCGUUCGGUUCAGACUCCUUCUGGGGAAGUUAAUAUAUUGAGGGGUGGUAUAGAUAGUCAGCUUGCUGCGGAAAUUGCGGUAGCUCGGAGGGAAGUGAUUGAGCACAAGAUAUCUGACUCGGAAGAUAAACUGGCGGAUUGCAAUCGACAACUACAGAUCCAUCUCCGGAACGCAAAGCAUCUGACUAUACUGACACCGAUCCAGCCAAAGGCAAGGGAACAGGUUGUGAUGGCCGCAGGUGCGUUGGCAGCAAAGUUACAGUGGAUACGGAUGGAGAUGUGGAAGCUGAGAUGUCAUCGGGAUAUUUUGGCAUUGGACUCUGAUGAGGAGCGUAAGUCUGAGAGGGAGCGAGCUGAAAGAAAUUUGGCUAUAGUUACUCCUCAGGUGAGUUGCCAGAAUUCACCUGCGGCAUCUAUACAUGGGGCACCCCCUGCCUCACCUUUAUCGGGGGGACCAACCCCUACGCAGGCCACAUUUACUGCUGUUUCUGCUGUUGAGGGGUCUUCUCAGGUUACUUCGCCUGCAUCUGCCCAGAGAAAUGGAUCCACGUGCGAUUUUACUCCAGGAACUAGCCGUAGUGCCAGGGGAUCCAUGUCGUCGGCUGCUCCCCGAUCUCCAUCAUUAUCAUCCAUGUUACCCAAUGGGACAAUGUCUUCUACUCAGGUUGAUGAUGACCAAAGCUUUGAAACUGGCCGUAGUCGCCAUUCACCUACGCCAACUCUCUCCGAGUCUAGCAUUGGCACGGGAAUUGGUAAGGAGAAGGACGAGGACAAGGAAAAAGAGAGGGAGAAGGAGAAGGAUAAUGAAGAGGGCAAAGGCAAGGGCAAAGACAAAAGCAAAGCAAAGGACAAAGAUUCCGGCCGCCCAAAGAUACGAAGGAGUCUGCAAAGGACCUUGAGGGAAUCCCAAGCACUUGGCCAUAGGAGAGGAAAGUCGAGGGAUGUGUCAAAUGAUGAUCCCUCAAAAGCUGGUGAAGGGCGCCCCGGCGAGACUGAGGGCUUAGCUCGUGGCUCUGGAAGUUUUACCGUUCAUGGUAUGUUUAGGACCUUGUUACCUUGCCGCCCUUAUCAAUAGGUUGCUCACCGCCCGCGUUUCCCCACUACACAGGAAAGAAAGCUAGUGUUAUCACUUUUGGCUCCGAAUGGCAAACCCUAUCUGCUGAAGAUAGGCUUAGACGAAACAAGUCAAAUCAAACCGGGACGGAAUCAGAUUCUAUGCUUGACUCGGAAUCGCUCCCGAGUACGUUAUAUCCUAGCCGACGAGGAUCGCAGCAACCCUUUCCCCGCAAGGAAGACGAUGAUGUUGGUUUGCCGCACUUACCUUCUACUAAUAGCAGACGAGGUUCUCACACUGGCCUGAUCCCGGUUCCAAUGAGGAAAGAGGAUGAACUUCCAGGUGUCCCGGAGCAUACUGAUGUCUUUUCACCUGGAGCAGAGGAGAAGCUGAUUGAAAAGUUGAACGGCGUGAAAGCUAAUGAAAGCGCUGCUACCAAUCCUGAAGCGGGUGCAUCUACUGAUUGA